AUGAAAAAUAAAAUUAUUUGGUUUCUAAUAAUAAAUGUUAAACUUGUACGAAAAAAAUUAAGUAAUGUUCUGUUUUAACUGAUCGUUGUUUUGAAUGCGCGCCUGGUUUUUUUUAGGGGAUUUGAAUAGUGUAAAAUGUAAUCCUUAUUGUUAGCUGUUUACUAACAGGCAUACUUGAACAGGUUGCUUCAAUGGGUACUAUCUAAAUGUUGGUGAUUGUUUACCUUGUCCUAUUCAAUAUUCAGAUGAUUGUACAUUUCAAUCAGAGCCCGAAAAGUGUUAGGAACCUUGUUUAAAUUGUUACUCAUCACUGUGUACCAUGCAACAUUUAGUUGUAUUUACAUCCUGCUUUUAGGGUAUGUUUCUGGAUUCAUAAUAUGAGUAUCAAUAUUGUGCAUAUCCAUGCAUAGCAUGUUCAAAUUACAAAACAAAUUUGUCAUUUUUGCGAAUCACGAUAUUAUUUAGAAGUUAAUAAAUGCAAAAUCUGUUCAGAAAGAUGCUUUGCUUGUUCAGUUGAAAAUACUUAUUUAAGGUAUUAAGCUGGAUAUUAUUUACAAAACUAUGAAUGUAUGACGUGUGGGACCAAUAUUUACACAUGUUUCUCUGAAAAUUAUUGUUAUAAAUGCUAAGUUGAAUAUUAACCAACUAAUUCAUAUCUAGAUUAAUGCUAUAAAAUGUAAUGCUGA